UUUAGCCAGCUGUGACUAGUCAGCCUUUCUGCUAAGCUUUCCACAUUUCAGGUGACUAGUGGCUGCAGUAAUGGACAGGCAGAUAGAAAACCUCUGUCGUGUAGUCCCGAUGGACAGUAAUGUACUGAGUAUAUUGGCCAAAGAUCAGAGAAACUAAUCAGCUUUUAAAGAUCUCGUACUGUGCCUCAUUGGUUCUGAAUGAGAAGGUUGAUUGGACAAGGGCAAACAAGUUGACCUUUGAACGGUGACAUCACAAAGCACAGCUCACAGUGACUCCACCUGGUCUCCCAGGCCACUCUCAAUUCAUCUAGAUUCCUGAAGCCUCUGCACAUGUAAUCCCUGGAGCUGCUGUGUUACUAAAAUGCCACCAUCUUCAUCUUCAUUUACCUGGGAUAACCUUUUAGAUUCUCUCUCUCUGAACACAAUAUGGAAUUGGAUACAAGCAGUUCUUCCUGGAGAUGCUGGUUCGCCUCAGACAGAUAAUUUGGGGAUACUGGAUAAUCUUGCUCCGGCAGUGCAAGUCAUCCUGGGAAUUUGCUUUUUGGCUUUGUUGGCAAUAGGAUUGUAUUCCUUAUGGAAACGAAGUGUUCGAUCAAUUCAGAAAAUACUGCUGUUUGUUAUCACACUCUACCAACUCUACAAGAAGGGAUCCGAUUUUUUCCAGGCUUUGUUAGCCAACCCAGAAGGGAAUGCUCAACUUAAAGAAAAUAGUAAUAUCUUCCUGUCCUUGGGUCUUCAAGAGAAAAUUUUGAAAAAACUACAGACGGUGGAAAACAAAGUAAAAGACCUAGAGGGGAUGAUCAUUGCCCAAAAGCCUGCCAUGAAGAGGGAGUGCUCUGCUGGACCCUACUGCAGCUGUUCUGACUGCCAGAGUCCUUUGUUCACCUCAGGGUUUACGUCUGCAUCUGAAAUGUGAUUAGCUCCAAUCUUCAGAAAUCAUUGUUUCUCCUCUGUGUGCCGUGGUAUACCAGUAAAGAUAGAGAACUAUAUU